UAGCCUACGAGCACCUCGGAUCGAGCUAGAAGGAGCUGUUCAUAAUGACGUGACAUUGGAUGUCAUCAAGCUCAUCGCUUUAUUGGUAGCUUAAAUGCGUCUCAAUAUAUAGGUAUUAUGUCGUAAUUAAGUGUUACCAGUGAGUUGGUAAGGGUCGAGCCUGACUUUGGGAGUACACCCACACUCAAGCGUUGCGUCAUUGUAAAUAGCUCUCCAAAGCUUCAAACAAAUCGUUCAUCAAUUAAAUAUCAUGACUCACGACUCACGAGUCAAACGUCAAACUGUCCGCGUAGACGACGCAGACUCGCAAUUAUGAUGAUCACGUGACCUGAUAUAUAUAUAUAUAUAUAUCAGUGUAACAUCGCGUGUUUCGGAACAGAACGUAGAGGGGGUUAGGGUGUGAAAAAAAAAUGAUGGAGAGAAAACUGUCCUUUUACUGAACUUCUGAAUGCUUUUUUAGUUUGUGUCCGCAAAUUAUAAUAUAAGGAAAGCAUUGUAUUAACUAGAGUUAUGCUAGCCGAACGAAAUUUGAUUCAAAAGCAAAAACUCGCAGACACAUGACCAACAUUGUUAGAUUCUGUUGUACGACGUACAUAAUUUUCUCUGCAACCGAAGUCUCCAAGACAGAAAGAUAUGGAUGGUGAAAUAUCAGCUCGCAAAGGUCUCUUGGUAGUUGGCCUGACCUUUGUGAUAUCGUCAACAGCUCUAUUUUAUGUCUAUGCAAGCUUUCCUACCUUACAAGAGAACGAAAAACAAUAUUUAAAGAUACCAUAUGACAUUGAAGAUGCCAAGAAUCUUGGAAAACUAUUGGGAUCCUACAAAGACUUGUAUUAUGUUCAAGUUUUAAUGGGCCUUUUUGUGACAUACAUAUUUCUUCAAACAUUUGCGAUACCUGGAUCAAUUUUUUUGUCAAUUCUAUCUGGAUUCUUAUUUCCUUUUCCACUUGCCCUGACCCUGGUGUGUACCUGCAGUGCAAUCGGAGCUUCGUUGUGUUAUCUGCUGUCAUCUUUAGCAGGAAAAAAACUCGUGCAAAAGUAUUGUCCAAACAAGGCUAAGCUUUGGGCUGAAACUGUGACCAAGCACAAGGACAAUUUAUUGAACUAUAUGUUAUUUGUUAGGAUUACUCCGUUGAUACCAAAUUGGUUUAUAAAUCUAGCGAGCCCAGUAGUCGGAGUGCCAUUAUUACCAUUUAUGAUUGGCACGUUAUUUGGUGUUGCACCAGCAUCAUUUGUCGCCAUACAAGCAGGACAGACUUUAAAUAAAUUAACUUCGUCCAAAGAUGCAUUCCCAUUGAGUAGCUUAUUUUUGUUGUUUAUUUUUUCUUUACUUUCUCUCCUACCAGUUAUAUUUAAAAGUCAAAUUAGAAAGAAAUUUGAAUAAUUUAGUUUUUAAUUUUUCCAGUCUAGUUAUUCCCUUCUAAUUUGGUCCAUCAAAAGUAAUAAGUAUGGCGAAAAUUGAUAAGAUGAAUCUUUUUACUUCUCAACUAAAAUCACUCUAAUGAAAUAUUUAAUUACAAUAGACUUUGAGCACUUUGCAUUGCAUUUGAGUGUGUAUUAUUUUUUUUACUUCCAUCCUCCUGCUUUUUAGUAUCAACCCACAGUGGACGUGUGUUUGUGAGUAUGAUAUAUUUAGUAAUAUUUAAGAUGUGUUGUUGUAAAAAGUAAAAGAAAAGUGUUAAAUAAUUUUUAGUUUGUCGGGUCAAAGUCACUAAAUAAUUGUAAUUGGUAAAUUAUUUUUAAUGAAAACAAUGUCAAAAAAAUUAAAAAGUAUUUAUAUUAAAUUUAUAUACAGGGAACAGCUAUAAGUACACAAAAAGUGUUGAAAUGUAAUAGCUUAUUUAAAAAGAGUUUGGCUGAAAACAACUUGUUCUCCUAGUGGAAAAGCUUAUAAUACAACGUUGAAUCGUUCAAGUAGAUCACUGUAAUUGUUGAAGUUAGAAAUAUUUUGGCACGAGCUUAUUUUAGUAACAAGCUUUACUUGAUAAUUUAUAUUUCAAACAAAACAGACUUUGUUUUACGUAUAAAACCUUAGCAAAAUGAUGUAAGAUACGUUAUUGUUGUGUUUGUUGAAUUACUUGAUGGAAGACUAACUGGACGCCAGUACCACCAAUUGUACCAUACUGGAAUAAAAUAAGAACAAAUACAUACACAUUUUCUUGUAAAA